AUGUCUUCCAAAGAUCUCCCCGAGAUCGCCCAACAGGCCCUCGGGAAAGGCUUCCACGUUCAAGUCUUGUUCAUCAACAAGAUCAGCGCCAGCCAAGAGCCUAAAGCAACAAUCAACUACAAGCAGCUGGCUUUGAAGAAGAGCGUUCAAGAGGUGACACUGGAAGAUGUACGAACGUACUUGGACAAGAAGAUUGACUCCAAGUGGUCAUUCUGUCUUGAGAACUGUGCUGUUGUUGACGAGACGAACGCGUUGCUUUACUACCUGACACUCAUCAGUGUCAAUGCAACCCAGCUACAGGCUCUUGUGCCCAAGAAAGAUGAAGGGCCGGUUGAAACGGCUACUCUUCCCGUCCUGACGGCUUACUUGUGCGUUGAGGAUGCCAUGGCCCCAGUUCCAAGGUCGGCUCAAGGAUGGGGAGCAACCUGGGCGGAGAACAACAAAGCGGAUACAACGCUCACAGACCGAAGCAAGUCCCAGAUCGCUGCUCCAACCCUUUCGGCGAGUCACCAAGCAAACUACGCGGCUGAAAGUGUCGGGUGGGCGGGUGCCCGGGGUGAUACAACUUUGCCAAGUGCUGCCGGUAUGCUUGACUGUGUUGUCGACUUUGCCAACAAGGACUGGGACAAGAUCAUGAUGCUCAACAAACUCCUCUACGCCUUCGACGUCCGUGGCAAGCAGCUUCAGAUCACCAGCGCUCGACUUCCAGCGUUUGAACUGGUGUAUAGUAAGAAAAGAUCAUCUAUAGCACAUUUGCAGCCCUUUGUCGAGAUCCAAGACACGCCACACAUUGCCAUCACCGAAGUCAGCACAGAGUUCCAAAGCUCGCUGGCCGACAACGCCUUCUCGUCCAAGGCCGUCGAGACAAUGGUCAGCGGAGGAACGCCACUGGUCUCCGUCAGCGUCUCAGCGGGUAUGAAGUCAGAAUCAUCUCGCGGAACUGCUUCCACCGAAGGCGGCCAGAGGAAAGAGUACCAUGCGACCUACAAUUUCCCCCGUGUGAGAUUGUUUCUGGAUGAGAAUACUCUUCAGGUUUCUGAGUACUGCGACAAGGCUCUGGCGGCGCUGCAAGAGGAGCCUACUCUAGCAAAGCUGGUAGACUUCCAGCGAAGAUUUGGAACCAUCUUUGCUCAGGAAGUUUUGCUGGGCGGUAGACUGGAGAGUACCAAGGCGGCUGACUCUUUCGCAAGUGCAUCCAGCAGUACCGCGAAGGAAGACUUCAAGGCAUCCGUGGGUGCAGCAGUUUCUUACGGUCUGGGUGCUGCAUCGGUGAAAGGCUCCACCGAAACCCAGACGGGCCACGACGAGACCUCAAACAACCAGCGAGGUAACUCGGCAAUUUCGUUCACAGCCCGUGGUGGUGAUACUCUUCUUUGCGCCGAUCCUGCUGCUUGGGCGGCUACUGUUGCUGUGUGGCGGAACUGGAGGGUUAUUCAGCAAGAUGAACCGGUAUCUCUGCAAGCUUUGCUUGGUCGCUUCAAGAAAUAUGCUUUCGUUCCAAACCUCUUCGCACAGAUUCUGAAGGACGCGCCGAAGCAACCAGACCCUGUCCCUGCUCCUGUCGAGCCGCCAAAGUUCGACGCAAACAAGCCGUGGAACGAGAACACCAAGAUCCGUCUCUGGAUCGGGUCAAACACGGUCUUGUGGCCCCUGUCAGUCAAGGACGGUGACCCCAACAAUGAGGCUGCUGGCCCCAAGCGUAACCUCUCUGGAGACUACCCCCUGCUUCUCUUCAAGGGCGACGCACGCCGGGCCCCUGGCAGAGAUGCGAGCACGAUUUUCGUCAACAAGACCAACGGCGAACUCGUUCCACAGCAGGAGAACCAGGGCCCUAAUCGUUUCUCUUUCCGUAAGUUGGAAUCAAGUGGUAGAUGGCGGCCAUUGAAUGGAUCCACCAUCAAGAACGGUGAGAAGGUGACCCUUUGGUGCCAUUCGCUCGGCGAAGGCGGCUGGAAGAGCCUGGACGACGCCCCGGAGUCAGCUGUUCAGGCCAUGUACAACAAGGAUGUUAGGUUCAACGUUCCAAGCCAGACAUUCACGGCUGUCAACGGCUACGCACCCGCCAUUUUCACCGUCGAGUAUAUUUGA